AUGGAUGCUAAGUUGUAUCUACAAUCUUUUGGUUGGGAGGAAGGCCAACCACUCAAGAAAGGUGGGUUGAAGAAACCAAUUUUGGUUAAGCAUAAGAAAGAUACAAAAGGACUAGGUCAUGACACAAAUAAUGCUGAUAUGUGGUGGGAACAGCUUUUUGAUGGCCAGCUAAAGACCCUACAAGUGGACAAUGGUGGUGGUAAUGGUGAGGUUUUGUUUAGAAAGGAUGAAGUUAUUGCCUCAACAGUGCAAAGGUCAAUGUCGCCUCUAUAUAGAAUGUUUGUUAAAGGUCAAGGACUAGCAGGGACAAUGGAGAAAGAAGCUCAGGAGAAGAAAAAGGACGACGAGGAGAAACGGAAGAAAAAGGACGACGAGGAGGAGGAGGAGAAGAAAAAGAAAAAGGACAAGACUAAGGACAAGGAGAAGACGCGGAAACGGGAGCGGAAACGGGAGCGGAAACUGGAAACUAGAAAUAGUGAUAGCGACAAAGCAUCGAGGAAGAGAAAACGGGAGGAUAAGCAUAGCAAGAAGAAGAAGAAAAAGAGUCGGAAACAGUAA